AUGACUGUAGACAUUACACUUAUCAGAACAAAGUUUCAACAGGUUAUGAGCCCUGCGAGCGCUUUUUGGGCGACCAACUCAUUUAACGAUGAUGAUAAGCUUAUGUCAGCGGCAAAUUUUAUGCGUUGGAAAACAAAAUUCACAAAUACUUUAAAUUCAUUUGAACCAUCAGUUGUUGACUAUAUUCAAACUGGUAAUAUACCUUUUUCCCUCGAACAGUGUGGAGGUAACGAACAAGUUAUUGAAAUUCAAGCUGCUUAUGACCAACUCCUGUUAUUCUGGGUACACACCUCAGUGUCACAACCAGUAAAGAAUCUGAUUAGUCAGGAUCAAACUGGUUAUCAGAAAUAUCAUCUUCUGAUCAAAUGUUAUGGACAAAUAUCCUUUAGACAGUUGUACGAAGAAUACUGUUCAAUUAACUCGUCAAAUGGACAAGGGCCUAUGGAAUGGGGAGCAAAAUGUGUCAAUCUACUUCAAUGGAAUCAAGACCCAGCAGUAUGGUUAAUCUUCUCCAAACUUAGUUCUCUGCAGAAUGAGAAACUAGAACGAUAUCUAUUUGCUGACUGCGGAAAUGAACUAACUAUUCAAAGAGCUGUCACAGCAAUGCAAUUAUUUGAACAUGAAACCAAGUCUGGAUUCCUGGCUACUAAACGUUCUAUCCAAACGACGAAGAAGAAGAAUAUUAUUUGUGCAAGAUGUCAGAAAGCUGGCCACAAAUCUCCAAACUGUAGAGCACCAACUCCAGUUUCAAAAGGAAACCGGGCUUAA